GAGCCUUGUUCACACACCUAACAUAUUUGAUAUAUUUUUCUUUUGAGCUUAGCUCUCUUCAAAAGAACGACUCGCUUUUCUUUUUGAAAAUUGUUUAAUCUUCAACAUUUCCAUUUUAUUCUUAAUGACAUGGCUUGUUGAAACCAACUUGAUACAAAAGGUUCAAAACUUCUUUUACGAGUGAAAAAAAAUGAAAAGUCAAAGUGAGAUUUAAUUUUCUCAACUACUUAUUUAAAAGGACAUUUUAACACUUUAUAAAUAUAUCUGACACAUAUAAUAAUAUUUUUUAAAAUUCCUUGAACUUUGUGCUCACCAAACCACCUCAUAUAAAAUGGGACGCAGAGACUAUUUCUUUCAAAAUAUCUACCAAGUAUGGACACCAAAGAAAAAUAUAUGAGCAAGUCUAAAGAUGAUGAUGGUAUGCUUCGUUGUUAUGGUGAAAGAGAGAAUUUUUCUGAGGAAGAAGAAGAUCUCAUCAUCAGGCUUCAUGCCCUCCUUGGCAACAGGUGGUCAUUAAUAGCAGAAAGAUUGCCGAAGCGCAAUGAUGAUGAAGUGAUGAAUUAUUGGAACUCCCAUUUGAAACUAAAACUUACAAAAAUGGGGAUUGAUCCAAUGGAUUAUCGUAUACAUGAGUAUGUUCAUAAGAAAAAUCUUGAAUUUUUUUCAUCCAAAUAUAAAGAAUUCCAUCCAGAAAGUUCUUCUCCACAUUAAUAUAUACCAUCUUAUUUAUCAUUUUCUUUUAUUUUGUAUUUUAUCACCAUACCAUGAUUAAUCAUAAAUUUAUAAUACUAGUAAUAUUUAUUUUUGCAUUUA